GGCGUGCGCAAGUCGUCCGACCCCGGGGAGCGUCGCGGUUCAUCCUCCAUCGAAGAAGGUGCAAGUAGUGUGUGCAGGAAGAGUACCAUGGCGGACAAAAAAGCCGACCAGUUUUACACACGGCCCCCAAAACUUGGCAAAUGGGAGGGCUUCAAAAUCUUCCUGUGGAACCCCGAAACCAGCCAGUUUCUAGGCAGGACCGGAUCCAGUUGGGGAAAGAUCCUCCUGUUUUAUCUCAUCUUCUAUGCCGUUCUGGUCGGUUUCUUUGCUGCCAUGUUGGCGGUGUUUUACCAGACGUUGGACGACACCAAGCCGAAAUGGCAAGGAGAUAACUCUCUAAUCGGUAGCAAUCCUGGGCUGGGAUUCAGACCAAUGCCGCCAGACUCCAACGUUGAGAGUACCUUGAUUUGGUACAAAACUGGGGAGCCCAAAAACGUCCAGUAUUGGAUUGAUGAACUGGACAAGUUUUUGGAACCUUAUCAGCAACAAACUACUUCCGAAAACGUGCAAAACUGCGAUAAUCGAGACAAACCAGACGAGGGAAAGUUCUGCGAUUUUAAAGUCACCAAUGCCAUCGCCCCCUGUAACAAGGACUAUGGUUACGGGUUCGGGAGUAAAGAAGGGGGAGGCCCUUGCAUUUUCCUUAAACUGAAUAAAAUUUUUGGGUGGGUUCCCGACUACUACACCAAUGCAACAGCCCCCAGUAACAUGCCCAAGCAUUUGAGAGACCACAUUGCCAAGGAGGAGAUGACUGGACAACACCACGUCGUUUGGGUCGAUUGCGAAGGGGAGAACCCAGCUGAUGUGGAAAACAUCGGUCCAAUUUACUACUUCCCACAGAGAGGGUUCAAAGCUAAAUAUUUCCCCUUUACCAAUGUUAAGGGCUAUGUGAGUCCUUUAGUGGCGGUGCAUUUCGAAAAACCAACACGCGGCGUCCUGAUUAACAUCGAAUGCAAAGCAUGGGCGCGCAACAUCCACCAUGACCGCGUGGACAGAAGAGGUUCUGUCCAUUUCGAGCUGAUGGUCGACUAAAUCGAAGCGAGUGGGCUCUACCAACUGCCAUAGUUACCGGAGAGAGUCGAACAUCACCAGUGACGGUCUAGUUAGACUUUAGUUAAAAAAACCAAAAAAAAAUUAGUUCAAAUCGUAUUGUCUUAGAGCAGCGCAAUUGAAUUUUUGACCCUCUAUUGCUAGUAGUGUGACGGAAUUUCGGUCAUCGGAUCCAGACAGUAGCGCCACCGCAUUACACAAAAAUCAUAGGUUUUUCACAAUAGUGUACAAUAAUUGUUGAGUAUUUUAUUUCCGCCUGUGUAGCGCGGAGAGAUGUUUCAAAAGUGUGUGGACUUCGACGCACUCUGUUUCAUGUUUGUGAUAGGAGCGAAUGUGUUUCAUUCUUGAGUUCGCUAAAUUCGAGUUUUGUACAUAAGUUUCUCGUUCACUUUUUCCGUUCACCGUACUCAGUGUUGAGCAUUGUUCUGUCGCAGAACGACGUUGAAAACAUACAAAAAAAUUAAAAUUGUUAUUAAAAAUAAUAAUAAUUAAAAAAUAGUAACUACUAAAUGUUAUAUCUGUACUUCAUAUAUAGUUUAGGUAGGUCUAGGGACAUUCAGAUUUAUUAUACAAGUACUUAAGCGCGUUUUUUUCAUCAUGACUUAGUUCAGUAUCGGCAUUCAUUAACGCACAAGGGGAGAACGCCAAGGAUUUUCGGACCAGCCUAAUAAUGCCGAUACUGAAUCACUUAUUAGGGUUUUAUCGUUUUUCGAUUUCGAGUUCGGCCACCAUCAAGUGAAAUUAAUUCAAUUCUGUUUUGAUGCAUAGUUAUGUAAAUAAAAGAAAUCAAUUCCAUCUGUGCUUGGAUUUGAAACUAAUUAUUGGUUUUGAUGCGUGUGCACAUGUAACGAUUAUUUGUGCUUAUGUAAUUUUUUUAAAAAACUAAUAAAAAUACUAAUAAAUCGGUUCUAAACUUAA